UUUUUGGGGCUACUUAUCGUGCUUAAAUAAACUCCGGGUCCGCAAUUUACACACGUGUUAAUCAUAUGCUGUGACUCGCUCGGACCUAUAUUACUGCGACUCUACAUCGAUCUUCCAUACCCCACUAUGGAACCCACAGGAGAGACGCAGCUCGCAUCCAUUGAUGCUUACCUCGUCGGACGCGUCAACCUUGCAGUGACCGCUGAAGCGUUGACACAGUGGGCGCGCGACCCUAAGCACUUUGGUGACGAUGCGGAAGGCAGGCUAUGGGAUCUGUGGAGUGCGAUCAACGAUAGGGCAGAGAGGACGAAGAGCAGCGAUGACAUCUUGCAUAGCAAACUCGUCGAGCUCGUCGAUGCGAUCAAGCAUCAGGAAUCUCCGACGAACGAUGCUGGAGAGAAAUCGAAGUGCUGGGGGUUGACGUUGUGGGAGGACUUGCCCAUUUUUGGUGCGAACAUGAGGGAGUGCUGGAAUUUUUUCGAUGCGAAGGAGGAUGCGGAGAGAGCGUCGAAACGUGAACGAUGGGUCAAUCUCAAUGCGUUCGUCGCCAGGUUAACUGCGGCUCGUGUCAGUGACUUUGAACUGUAUGCCAUCUGGCAGCUGAGAGACGCGCUGGAAGAACCGACCGAAGAAAGUGAGAAUGGGGGGGAAAUGAUUGACAAGAGCUUGGACGCCAAAAUUCCAGCUGCCGUCCAGUGGAUCCUUUACUGUGGGGAACUUAUAUACACAAGCGAGCGGGAAUUCGAGACUGGACCUAGUGUUGGAGAUCCUGCGAAGGGCGGCGAGCUGUGGAAGGGUGACAAGAGAGGCUUCUGUCAGGAAAGAUGGCACUUUUGGAAGAAAAGAUUCGCAGAGCUACAACACUACGAGGGGCUUUUGCCAGAGACGAGGUUACUGGCUAGUAAAGCGGUUCAAGUGAUGGAGGGUAUCGAGAAAAAGUAACAUCCUCGAUAUUUGCCUGUCUUUAAAUAAUCAUGUUCAAUAUUCUUAAAUAAACUUAAUCUAUUAUGUAAUUGUUCUCCAUCUUCCCAACCACGACGAAGAAUCCAUCCCGCGACCUGUAGCUCCGGUGCUGUCAGUAUGGCUCUACGAAGACAAUGUAGGGCCUGUAGAUGAAAUGAAAUGGAGAAUUCAUCUAGAAUCUAGAGAG